UCCCGCCCACAGCCCUCCAGGGGGCGGGGCGACGCCUGCGCGGAGCGCGGGAAGGAGGGCGUCUCCACAUGGGGCGGGCGCGCGGCGCCAGGUGUGCGCGGAGUGGGGAAGCGUCGCCGUGGCGACGGCGGGUGUAGCGGAGCUGGUGGCGGCCAGGAGGGGCGAGGCAGCGCCGAGAGAAACUGGAUGGCUUCUACGGUCAGCCUGAGUAAAGACACGUUACUGGAAGAUGGAAUGCCGCCUGCAAAAAAGCCCAGGAAGCUAUUGCCAAGCCUAAAAACCAAGAAGCCUCGGGAACUUGUUCUGGUGAUUGGAACAGGAAUCAGUGCCGCAGUUGCUCCCCAGGUCCCAGCACUGAAGUCUUGGAAGGGUUUGAUCCAGGCCCUCCUGGAUGCUGCUAUUGACUUUGAUCUUCUGGAAGAUGAAGAAAGCAAAAGGUUUCAGAAGUGUCUCCAUGAGUACAAGAACUUGGUUCACGUUGCCCAUGACCUUAUCCAGAAGCUGUCCCCGCGCACAAGCAAUGUUCGCUCAACAUUUUUCAAAGACUGUUUAUAUGAGGUGUUUGAUGACCUGGAAUCUAAAAUGGAAGAUUCUGGAAAACAGCUGCUUCAGUCAGUGCUUCACCUAAUGGAAAAUGGGGCACUUGUGUUAACCACGAACUUCGAUAACCUGCUGGAACUGUAUGCAGCACACCAGGGGAAGCACCUGGAGUCUCUUGACCUGACGGAUGAGAAGAAGGUGCUGGAGUGGGCGCAGGGGAAGAGGAAGCUCAGUGUCCUGCACAUCCACGGCGUGUACACGAACCCGAGCGGCAUCGUGCUGCACCCGGCCGGCUACCAGAACGUGCUGCGCAACACCGAGGUCAUGCGAGAGAUUCAGAAGCUGUAUGAAAAUAAGUCGUUCCUGUUCUUGGGCUGUGGUUGGACUGUUGACGACACCACGUUUCAGGCCCUGUUUCUGGAAGCUGAGAAGCACAAGUCGGACCUGGAGCACUUCAUGCUCGUGAGGAGAGGAGACGUGGAUGAGUUUAAGAAGCUCCGCGAGAACAUGCUGGACAAGGGGAUUAAAGUGAUUUCCUAUGGAGAUGAAUACACAGACCUGCCCGAGUACUUUGGGAGGCUGGCGAGCGAGAUCGCCAUGCGGGGCCGCGCAGGUGUGCCUAAGGAAGGACAACAGCUGAACGGCUCCACUGCAGCCCACGCUGAGAUAACAGGAUGCAGCACGUGAGCCUCAGCCCCAGCCCAGGAGCAGAGCUGUGGGUGCUCCCCACACUGCAGGCAGCCCCAGCGCCGUGUGAGGGGAGGAGCAGCAGCGCCCUGCCCACAGCUGCUGCCUGCCCAGCUGUGCUGAGCCCCACAGAGCCAGGCAGGCACAAGCCAGAGGGCUGGGCCCGUCCUCCCACGGCUGCCUGACAACACAGUCUCUUUUUUAUCAUGGUUAUGUUUGCAGGGGAGCAGUGUCUCCCUGCCGCUGCUGCAGCCUCCUGCAAUUUCAUACUUAACGCUUUUGUAUUCUCUACUUUCACUUCAGAAUGAAACUUGAGCAGUUAUGGUUUUUUUUUUACUUGAAGCUCUAGUUUUAUAGUCCUUUCUUUAUACUGUACAGUAUUUUGUAUGUUGAAGCUCGUAUUAAAGGCCUGUUCAGUUCCAUUGC